UCUCUUCUUCGCCAAACUCACUCACAAACAUAUCCAUCCUUUUCUGAUCUCGUCGUAGUUAAAAUAUUUUUUGUUCAUAUCAUUCUUAUUCAGAAUCUCCAAAUGGCUGGUGUUGAGGUUGAGAAAAUAGUACCAAACACUGAAGAGAAGACGACAACAACAACCGAGCCAACAACCGAGACGCCUAAAGAAACCGUUCACACAGAUGACUCAGCCACUGCGGUUGAAGUUGAAAUCAAAGGAGAAGAAGCACCAAAGGUAGAAAACGAAACUGAAAAAACCGAGACAGCUCCGGUUGAAGAGGAGAAACCAGUUGAAGUUCCAGCAGCUGUGGAGGAGAAAGAUGUUACACCGGCUGCAGAAGCUCCCGCUGUUGAUGGCAAGGCAGUGUAAAAAAGAGCUUUCUACCUAUGAGAACAUUUUGUUUCCUCUUAAUUAAAUCCUAUAUAAGGUGAUGAGUUUCGAUUAAUAAUAAGAUUACUAAGGUGCUAGUACGAUUCAUGUAAUAGAAUAUGAGUUUCUUUGUCUAUCAUGAGACCAUUGAGGUGGUCUUAAAAAAGUUUGAGGUUUGUUUGCUCAAUAAUAAUACAAAAAAGCUUUAUACUGUU